AGAAGCUGCUCCAGGGCGUCGCAACCGAGCAAACGGGGAACACACCCCUCCAUCCCAAUGACCUCAACAUCGUAGGAGACGGUGCCCCACUCGACAGAGCUGAGCUCGUGACCUCUGACCCUCAGCCAGGGAAGAAGAAUCGAGGGAGGAAGUCGGGUGUGUUUUCAGUGGACGAGACCUUUCUGGGCAAUGGAAACGAGAUCCCGUCGCAGACCCUGAGGCCUGGCGUGGACUCCACAGCGCUCAGCACUGAGAUGGCGCUGGUCAGCAAUGCCCUGGCAGCCUACACCUACUUAGCAGAGCACCCUGAGCGCGCCGCCCUCUAUUUCGUGUGCGGUGUCUGCCUGGGUCUCGUCCUCACGCUACUCGCCCUGGUGGUUCAGAUCUCCUGCCGCACGGACUGUCGCCCCCGGGUGCCCCAGAGGCGAGCCCGAGGCCCCCCCAGCUCCAGCGACACCAGUGACAGUGACUCGGACUGGGACUCGGGCUCGGACCUGUCAGCACGGCGACACCGGCGCUUCGAGCGAACGCUGCACACCAACGUGUUCACGUCGGCCGAGGAGCUGGAGCGCGCGCAGCGGCUGGAGGAGCGGGAGCGCAUCAUCCGUGAGAUCUGGAUGAACGGGCAGCCCGACAUCCCCGGCACACGCAGCCUCAACCGCUACUACUAGCCUGGUGACGGUGCUGCCAACUGGGCCACGUUGGGCCACAUGCUUCUGGGCCUGCUCUCCCGGGAGGUGCGGAAGACUACCCCCCUCCUCGACCCUUGCACAGGAAGAAUAAGCUUUCGGGAAGCUUCACCUCUGAACUUCAAUUUGCCGGAGCUCGAGGCAUAGGCACAGAAUGGUGCCGAAGAUUGCGACUGUCUUUUCGUCCGCCGUCGUUUGAUCAGAAAGGGGCGCAACCGUGGCUGAGGGCCCCCACGCCUCAUACGACGGAAGGAUAAUUCACCAACGUCGGUCUGUGAAGGAACGGGUUCCAAGAGGCCCGCGGGGAACGUCCGGAGAACCGCUUGCCAAGCAGUGCUCCCAAUCCAGUAUUCAGGAGACAAAUCUGAGGACUUUUUUUCUUAAUUGUUGGGGAAAUUAAAAAUGAAGCAGCAACAUGAGGCUGCUACAGGGCAUCGGUCUUCAAAAUGGCCAUUAAUAGGACAGCAACCUAAAAAAGACUGUUGCCUUAGCUACCAACCAAAAACAUUAUAUAAAUUCAUCUCAGCCCUACCUGAAUAUAAGUUGGUAUUUAAUAGGUUUAUUUUUCACGUUCCGAAAUAUUUUUAUACAGCAGUAAAGCUUGGCCUGACACCUCAGGGAUGUGUAUGUCCAUUUGUUUUUCCUAAUAAGGGCAGUUGUUUCAGUGGUUGAGAUGUGUCAGAAUUUUAAAAAAUGAUGUUAAUAAUAUUAACUUUCUUAGUUUCUUUAAAACCUCAAAGAGGGAGCAGGGGUGGUGAUUUGUGGAGGAUGCACAGUGUGACGUUUGACCACAGCCGGUUGGGUACCUCUGUGCUAGAGGAGAAACGCUUGCUUUUGGGUGCACAAUAGUUCCUUUGUCAGGUGCGAGCGGCUGGUCACGUCAGCGGGGAGAAGGGAGGCCAUGCACUUGUUUCGAUUGGCACCGAAUCGCGAUCCUGACCUCCUCCAUUUUCCCCAGCAGAAAAAUGAAGACGUCUCAGAGGGCUUCAGGUGUCUGAUCAUGUAUAGGAUCCCUGUCAGCCACUCGUCAGGUUAUCUUCAAGUAAUAGAUGCUUGUUAUAUCGGACGGUGCAAUUUUUCCAUAAAGUUUGGGAUAUAUUCAUUCACCUGUAAAAUCUACAUGAACUUGAGCAACCUUUGUAAAGCUUGGGCUGGUCUGGUCUGAACCUCCUGGUCCUUUUUACUCCCAGUGGUGCGAUUUUUCAAAAUGUCUUUCCUCUGUGUCCCAAACACAAUCUCCAAAGUGGAAUUUUGAUGAUCUAAGCUGUUUACAACCUUUCUCAAGACAUUUUUUUUAAAAACGUUUAAAAUUAGCCAUGAAUUCUACAGCAGAUUUGUGACAAAGUAAAAUCCUGUAAGGCUACGCAAGAUGAACCGUAAUGCCACAUUUCAACAUGGUGACUGUAUUAACGGCAUUUUGUGUUUUUAAAUGAAAUGGGAUUUGAUAUAUGCAGAACGCUGACCAAUGAGACCAAAAAUAAAAUUGUUCACAAAUUAAA